GGCUCCACCGCCUGCACCACCUGCGACGUCGACACCUACCGCUCCACCGCCGGCGGCUCCAUCUGCGAGCCCUGCCCCGAGAACUCCUACGCCCACUUCACCGGCUCCACCGGCUGCCUGGCCUGCUACUACGGCAUGCCCAAGGUGGUUGCUGGCGAGAUUGACGGCUGCGUGGCCUGCCCCAACUACUCCUCCAGCCAGAAGGGCGCCGCCAAGUGCCAGGAGUGCGCCCCCGGCACCACCAACAACGCCGGCAAGACCGCCUGCGAGCUGUGCCCCCAGGGCACCUUCAACAACGUGUCCGGCACCGUGUGCCAGGCCUGCCCCGCCGGCACCUUCCGCUCCGCCAACGGCGGCGACGGCACCGCCUGCACCAAGUGCCCCCCCGGCAGCUGGUCCGCCGCCAACGCCGCCGAGUGCACCCUGUGCGCUGAGGGCUACGCCACCUCCGAGCAGGGCUCCACCUCCUGCUCCCCAUGCUGCAACCUGUGCAAGGUCGGCACCUUCAAGCCCACCGGCGCCACCGACAACAAGUGCCGCUCCUGCCCCGCCGGCUACGAGACGGGCUCCACCCAGGCCGGCGCCUCCGUGUGCACCCAGUGCGCCGCCGGCAAGUUCUCGGCCACCCCCAACACCGCGCUGUGCACCCCCUGCCCCAAGGCCUACUUCGCCGCCAACCCCGGCCAGAAGGCGUGCAAGGCCUGCCCCGCCGGCCAGAUCACCGAUGCC